UCCUUCUCAAUCUGUCACACAGAAAGAGGGGCUCAAGACAUAAUGCAACAACCGCACAACCACCGCCAUCACAGGCAGCGCCACCACAGCAGAGAGGCAGAAGACAGUCAAUACAAAAGACCCAAGUUUUUUAUCAACGACCACGUCGACAUCCUCGUGGAGGUACUCGGGAGGCUCGAUGGCCGGUCCCUCUGCGUUGCGGCCUGCGUCUGCCGCCUGUGGUGCACCAUUGCCCGCAAUGACUCACUCUGGGAAGACCUCUGCUUCCGCCACGUCUCCCCUCCGCCUUCCAGUGUCCGACCCGUCGUUGUGGCCCUAGGCGGAUACAAGCGCCUCUACAUGGCGUGCGUGCGCCCUGUACUGAACCGACUCGGGCGGGUCAGAAGGGCAUGGACCCGGGACGAAGUGCAGCUCUCGCUGUCUUUGUUUUGCAUUGAUUGUUAUGAGAGGCUUGGCGGCGUCGGUGGAAGUGGGAGGCUCGCUGGCGGUGAGUCGCCGUCGUCGCUGAUGUUCCUUUGCAAACCGGUGAAUGUGUGAUUCCUUGAUUUCUUCAGAAUUAAUUUGACUCAUCGAAAGAGUGGCAGGAAAUAAUUAAGCAGAUGGACC